UUGCAGGAGUUCUGCGCUCGAUCGUCGAACAAGCCUCUAGGUAUUUGCAGCGGCUCGCGACGUCAGCGGACAGCAUGCUGCAACGAUUGCUUGCUACCCUCAGUUCAAGCUGGGCCGGAUUUUCCGAGGCACUGGCAGGCCCUGUUUGCGCCACUGGCGCAUUCGCACGACGUUCUCUUCAGCUGUUCUUUGCCGCGCUUCACAAAGGGCUGCGUGCUUUGGUUCCACACUCUUCAACAAAUGUUGUAGACCCAGAAGCACAACCGCUCGACCAGGGUCUGGAUGUUUUGGCGGAUAAUGAUGGCGCCCUUAUCCUCGACCUCCAGGACAUACCCACCGGCGAUCUCGAAGCGACUAGCGUCAAGUGGCUACUGGAGACAUCUACGGAUCCUGAAGUAUUUCUCGCUGCUGCCAGGCUUGUUCCACAGGUCGAGUGGCCACUGGAUUUUGAUGUUUCAGACAUGCUGCAUCAGCUGUUUGAUAUUUUUACAAGUUGCGUCGACAUUCAGGGGCGUAUCGUACCGUCUUUGGAGGAGAAAGCAUCGGCAUGCACAAUGGCUUUGACUCAUCUUUACUAUGGAUGUGUUCUUCGGGGAUAUCCUGGUCGUAGCAAUUGUAUUGUCCGCGGGAGACGAGAUAUGGACGUAGUUUCUUCAUAUUUGGGCGGCGGGCAUACGCACAGUCGGCAGCACAGUGUUCGACACGACUAUAAUUCUUUCUGAUCCAAAUCGUAAUAGAUCUCCGUGGCUUAUUUCUUGGUCAGAGGCUUGCUCUGACUCGGUCCCUGAGCAAUUGUCCCAUCUUCUUCCUUAUCACUUUGUCACUGGGCAAG